UUGAUUGUACAGUACAUGUAUGUUCGGCACUAGCACAGACUGUGUCCGGUGAUGAUGGGCGUAUUAACGUUCGUUUGGUCCACUGGAAGUUGAAGAGCGGGACCAAGUUACGUCCAUGACGUCACAUGGCCUACUCCGUCACGUCCGGGUACCGGGUGUAGUGAAUAAAGGCACUGGAGCGUGACUGGACUUGGCGUCAAGCCAGGCUGCCCCGCCGACCGCAAGUUAGUCUUGUGAACAGCACCAUACAGUGAUGAUACAGUGAUGCAUUUUAUCAUCAUCAGUCUAACAGUCCAUUACUCAGAUCGGCCACUAAUUGUCAGGAUUUCCAGGAUUCCCGAGUGGAUUACUCAAUCAUUUCGUACCUGUACACCUACUGUACAGCACAUGACUUGCACAGCAACACAAUGAGCACCACCACUCCACAAACAAACCUGAUGCUCAGUUUAGAAAACGGCUUCUUGAAUCAAGAGGAGAAACUGAAGCUAGUGGGUACCAGUCCUUACGCCAUGCACCAUAGUGGAGGAGGCAGCGGGGAUGUCAUGACGCUGGUGACCAGAGAAGCUGGUAGUCAGCCUUCCAUCAGCGGCAGUCCCAUGACUAGUUCCAGCUUGGAGGACAAGAAGUUCCGGGAUCCAUCGGAGGCACAGGCACAGCUACCUGGAAUGAUGCAGGCGUAUAAGUCUCUCAUAGCCAGCGUGGGGGAGGACCCAGACCGACAGGGUUUAAAAAAGACGCCGGAGAGGGCUGCCAAAGCCCUCAUGUUCUUCACCAAGGGCUAUGAACAGAAAAUAGAAGAUGUACUGAAUGAUGCUAUAUUUGAUGAGGAUCAUGAUGAGAUGGUCAUCGUCAAAGACAUAGAGAUGUUUUCGCUCUGUGAACACCACCUUGUGCCUUUUAUUGGAAAGGUAUCGAUUGGAUAUCUGCCAAACAAGCGCCUUCUAGGGCUCAGCAAAGUAGCAAGGAUUGUGGAGAUAUACAGCAGAAGGUUACAAGUACAAGAGAGACUAACCAAACAGAUAGCGUUAGCAAUGGUUGAAGCAAUAGCACCUAUGGGAGUGGCAGUGACUGUCGAAGCCACCCACAUGUGCAUGGUGAUGCGAGGAGUCCAGAAGUUGAACAGUAAAACAAUAACCAGCACAAUGCUGGGAGUCUUCCGCGAUGACCCCAAGACAAGGGAGGAGUUCCUGUCUUUAGUUCGCUCCUGAGCGACAUGCCCAUAUGCCAAAGUAUCCAGGGCAUCAGAGCUGGUGCACCUGGUUCAAGUAUUCAGGGGGAUCCCAUUGCCACUGCCUCAUCUGCCAGGGGACUCGUAGCCGGGAGACAAUCUGUAACCACAGAGGGUGCUGUUCUGUCUGCACACGGACAGAACGAGGGCACAAUGUGCGUGUCACUUUCAAGCCUCACAUCUUUGUACCAUGCUACAGCAGACAAGCAAUCAAACUGGAGUUUGUGCCACUUUUUAGCAUCAUAAAAAGGGUCACUCCUCAGCACGUACAUGUGUCAGUACACUAAGCAUUGUCAGCAUAUCCUUUGAAAUCAGAUCAUGAACAUGAUGAAGGUGAAAUGCACAUAUUCUAUUUCAGUUUAAUAAGUGUAGUGAUCAACUAGAAAGCUGCACAUAUUCAGUUUUGAUUGCACGUGUUUACUGCACGUCUCUGGAUUAGCAAAAGUAAAUAAAAUGAAAUAAAAAGCACCAUCAAGGUAAGAGUGUCCUCUGUAAAACCACUUACAUGUAAGUUGGAAACCACCCCAUAGCCCAUCCCUUCCUCCCAGCCAGUUUCUUAUUGCUGGACCCACCCCUCCAAUCAAAUUGAAAAUUGGUCAUACACAUACACCUUAGGUUAGAAUGGUGGGGGUUAAGACUCCUCAAGACCAACACAAGAACUCCAGUCUGAAGUCAAAUCACAAGCUAUUUAAAUAAACUACAACAAAAGUUAUUUCUCCUUUAUCAUUGUUCACCCUGCUUUUUGUGGCUGGUCUUGUGUCUAGUGUGGAUAGUUAAACUAGCCUCCAAUGAUGAGCCAUGUAACUUGUACAUGUAUUUUCCCAAGAUGAUUGCAAAGCCAAGGGUAAAAGAAUGCUCUGUGGAUCGCUGAGGGAGGCUAGUUUUACUAUGCCGUAAGGUACAUGUAUAUACAUGUAGUGGUCGGUGUUUGUUUUAUGACAUUUCAUGCACAGAUUCUGUACACCUUACCAUCAACAUGUCAUUCUCACAUGUAGAACCUCUGUGAAAGGUUACUUAGAUCCAUGUUAUUUGUUUGCUCAAUUGCUCACAGUGUUGCUUCUCUGUCCUAGUAAGUUUGAAAAUGUUCACAGUGUAAUCACACUUUUCUCGAUGUUUGUUGAAUCAGUUGCAUCAAGAAUCAAGUCUGUGUAGAAAUGUUGUAGGAACUAUGUUGAAAUAACACCUGACUAUUUCCAAUUAUGUUCCAUUAUUAUUGUAGUAAAUACCCUAGUCCAGUGGAUACGAGGGUGAUAGACUAAGUUUUGUGCUACAUGUAUGUGCAAAACAGGUCUUGGUUCCAUUCAUGGUUUUGUUACUACCGGAACUGUGUAUGGUAUUUUCUUUUGGUUACUACAUGUGUAGUAUUUUAUUCAGAAUGAGACUUCAUAUGGAACUCUCUCUGUCUUCGCCAGUGUUAUAUUAUUUGCCUGCCAGUAUAGCUGGUAAAUUAAGGCCAGCCUUCACUACAAAAGCAAAAGAAUCAUUCACAAAGUGUUUACAAAUCUCAUGCAACUUUCAAUCAUCAAAUAAUCAAUACUAUGAUGACACACCUCUUGCGGGUUCUUUAUUCUGGUUGGCUGAAACAUGGUCAUGUGAGUUUGUUUCUGCAUUCAACUGGGGACCUUGAACAAUAGAGGACAAUAAGGUCCCCGA